AUGGAUCCAUGGGAUUUUCUGGAUGAAACGGACGUGAUGGGCAUGUGGCCGGCGGACAAAAGGGAACUGCUCGCUUCAACAAAAUGGCAAGAAAGGAAGGAGGCGCUGGAUAGCUUGGCGGGACUCCUCCAGAAGCACCCGAAACUUUCGAUCAAAACACUCACCAUCUACGGGGAAUUGAUGGAUGACUUGAAAAAGAUUCUCGUUCGCGACAGUAACAUCAACGUAGUCGCUGUUGCCAUCAACGUUCUGCAAAUGCUUUCGAGUGGAUUGCGCUCAAAAUUCACGGGCUUCCUGCCAAUGUUACUCGAGCCACUCCUCAAUAAAUCAAAGGACAAGAAGGCAUCCGUCCGAGAGCCCCUUGCUGCCUGCCUUGACUCGAUAGCGGAAUGGACCGCGCCCGAAAAGCUGGUGGCCGAUCUGCAGAAGGCGCUCGCCAACACCAAUCCACAAAUGAAGCAACUAUUGACGAAGUUCGUCGCCAACACUCUGAACAAGCAGGCCGGCCCACCCAUGGACUUUAUCAAGCAAAUCGUUCCCAUCGUUGUCAAGCACGCAUCUGAUGCAGAUCGUGAGGUGCGUGACGUUGCAUUAGAGGCUUUGGGCUCAACACAGCGUCUUAUCGGCCCGGCACUGAAGCCGAUGCUCAAGGAGUUGACCCAAGAUGCCGCAAAGAUGGGAAAGAUCGAAGAAGCCUGUAAGACCGCUGCCGAGGCUUACAAGGAGUAUUGCGCAGCGAAGAAUUGCGUCCCCGUAGCUGGCCCCUCAAGCGAAGGCGAAGCCAGCUGCCCGACCUCCGAACCAGUCGAUGCCCCUGAAGCUGCCGUGGAAGGCGUCGAUCCAUGGACGCUCUUCGAUCCCGUCAACGUUUGGGCGGCCGUGCCUAAGAACUGGGAAGAGAUGCUAGGAAGCUCGAAAUGGCAAGAUCGGAAAGAGGUGUUGGACAAUUUCUUGGGGUCGCUCAAAGACGUGCAACGAAUCAAGCCGGACCCCGCACAUUCGAACGUUGUCAUCCCUGGUUUGAUAAAGGUUGUCGCCAAGGACAUCAAUAUCAAUGUGGCCGCCACGGCAGCUUCAUGUCUCUACAUUCUCAGUGAAGGUCUCCGUACUGGGUUUGGCCCAUAUGCAUUGCAGGCAAUGACUCCGAUUCUGGAUAAGUUCAAAGAGAAGAAGUCAGUGCUCAAGGAUCGCUUGGUGGAGCUGGUUGAUUCGGUGGCCGUCUCUGCUCCCCUUGACGUGGUGCUCGAGCCUGCUGUGACUGCGCUCAACUCGUCCAACCCAGCCGUCAAGCUGCAGACAACUUCUUUCUUGGCCCGCCAUCUCGCCCAACACAGCACAGGGACUCUGAAAAUCGAGCUCGUUAAGAUUCUAAUCCCAGCUUUGGCUUCGCGUGCGAACGAUGCGGACAGUGAAGUGCGCGAUUCAGCCUGCUCGGCGUUGGGCGCAAUCAAGCGCUGUACGGGUGAGGGGCCCUUCAGCAUACUCCUCGGCGACCUCGAAGCUGCGAAGAAGACAAAGAUUGACGAGGCGUGUGCGAAGCUCAUCGCCGAGAAUGCAGCCAAUGUGGCGGCGCCUGCCAUCCUUCGUGCCAAUGACCAGCGCGCCAAGGCUGCGACUCCCCCCAACAAAGCCAAGCCGGCAGCCCCCACCGCCAAUCCGACACCCGCUGCUGCCACUUCGGUCGGGAAGCCGGUUUCGGCUAGUAACCACGUUACUCCUGCUCGUCCUCCACCCACCACCGCAUUGCCUGCAAGACCGAUUAACUCGGCGCCGAGCAGCAGCAAACCCGUGGCUCAAGCGACGGCCCGCCCGAAUGUUAGGCCAGCUGUCGCGCGCCCGCUCUCGACGCAAAAUCGCCAGGCUUCUGCGCCUCCCACGAACAAGUCGAAGGCUGAAGUGAAGCCGCAAGAAGCGCGCCCCAUCACGCCAACGCUGCCGGCCCUCCGUCUUCCCCGUCCGCUUCAGAUGGGCAAUUCGCGCAUUCCCGCCUUCAAGCCGACCCACCCUCCGAAC